UCGAUAAAGCGGCACAAUUUGUUGAUCAAAAUCACCAAAGUAGCCAAGUUAGUAUAAACCCUAAACCCUUAUUGCAUAGAAAGUCACAAGAACUAAGAGAAAAAGAUGAACCACAUUGCAAAUGCUGAAGAACAAAUUGUGACUGAAAGAUUAAAAAGAAAACUCAAUGAAGUUAAUUCAUCUGCACAAUCCCAACUUUCUGGGGUUCAAGAUCACAUCAAUUUCACUCUUCAGCAAGCGUAUUUCAAAUGUGCGUAUAAUUGCUUCGAUAGGAGUAGAACUCAUGGGGAGAUAAGCAACUGCGUUGAGCAUUGCAGUGUUCCUGUUAUGCAAGCUCAAAAUUUUGUUGAGAAUGAAAUGGCUAGGUUUCAGGAAAAGUUGCAAAGAGCUUUAAUGGUUUGCCAAGACAAAUACGAGACUGCGAAACUGCAACCUGGGCACUCGAAUUCCAUGAAUGACCUCGAGUCCUGUGUUAACCAGACAAUUGAUGACAAUAUCAAGACUUUGCCAUCCCUUUUGGAAAGAAUGAAGACCAGCCUUGGCAUGAACAACAGCACUUGAGGUUGCUACGAGGAGCCUGGUUGAUCAAUCAGUGCAAUUUGUUUAUUUCGUUAUACUUGUCUGAGUACUUGCAAGAUGAAAAAGCUUAGAUGAUAAAAUUUUCUUGUGCCAAACUCCGAAUAGAUAGGCAAUUUGACAAAUGAAUGGCUUGGAGUUGUACAUGACAUGCUUUAUAGUUCAAGUUUCAAAUUUACAAAAAAGUAUGUAAAAUUCAAAAUUAGAUGUUCUCAGAACAUCAUAUUAUCAUGCUUUGAAAUGAGGAUCCUCUGCUUGAUGAGCAGAGAAAAUAGAUUAUACA